AUGCAUUUCAACCACAUCAGGACAACUGGUGAUUCGACCACUAGGAGUGUUUGGGGCUUCACUGGACCCGCACAAGCCAGGCAAAGUUCUGUACCCAAUGCCGGGCGUCGAAUUCGUUUGUGCAUGUGGCCAAGAGUUUGCGUUGGACAGCGUGAGAAUUCAACCAUCCAAAGCCCAAUUGUUUGGACAUCACGAAAAGAACGCCUGUUUCAGCGCACUGGUUUUCAAUGCUUCGCCGAAACCAGUCCCCUGUCAAGCGCAAGGAUGGUGUAUUGCCAGGCAAAGCCAAGAGAAGGCUCAAUGUUUCGGCCGCCCGCGAACGACUGGCCCUAG